AUGUUUUUUUUUUCAGCUGUCAAUCACCCAGGACGUGGACCGGGAUAUGCCACACCGUUGGCGGCGUUCAAGUCUGGAACCAGAGAGGAGAUCGUUUACUUGCCGUGUAUCUAUCGCAACACUGAGACUAAGAAACCCGAUUACCUGGCUACCGUUGAUGUUGACCCUAGGUCAAGCACUUACAGUCAGGUCAUCCAUCGCUUACCCAUGCCAUAUGUGGGAGAUGAAUUGCAUCACAGUGGUUGGAAUGCAUGCAGUAGUUGCUAUGACAACUGCUGCAGAAAAAGAAACCGUUUGGUGCUGCCGUCGCUUUAUUCGAGUCGAAUUUAUUUGGUUGACGUGGAAACCAAUCCAAGGCGUCCAGCACUCGCAAAGGUAAUUGAGCCAGAAGAAGUGAUAUCAAAGACAGGUCUGAGCAAUCCCCAUACAACUCAUUGCCUUGGUAACGGUGACAUUAUGAUCAGCGCUAUUGGAGACGGAGAAGGAGGCGGAAAAGGUGGCUUUAUUCUUCUUCACGGCGAAAACAAAAACAACGACUUGAAAGGUAACUGGGAAGCCAGCGGAGACGCAGCCCCAUUUGGUUAUGAUUUUUGGUACCAACCAUACCAUAACGUUCUUAUCAGCUCUGGCUGGGGCGCCCCAAGGGCCCUGAUGGGUGGAUUUGAUCCGGAAGACAUAAAGAAAGGCGAGUACAGCCAGUCACUGCACGUAUGGGAUUGGACCACACAUAAACGAAUCCAGGACAUUGACCUUGGACCUGACGGCAUCAUGCCAUUGGAGAUCCGAUUUUUGCAUGACCCCAUAUCUACAGAAGGUUUCGUCGGCGCCGCAUUCUCUAGUAACAUAAUUCGAUUUUUUAAAACAGACGAUGGUAAAUAUGCGACGGAAAAAGUGAUUGACAUACCUGCCAAGAAAGUGGAGGGCUGGUUUUACCCAGAAAUGCCAAGUUUGAUAACCGACAUACUGCUUUCUUUGGACGACAAAUAUCUGUACUUCUCCAAUUGGGUACAUGGGGACAUACGUCAGUAUGAUGUCACUGAUACCAGCAAUCCACGCUUGGUUGGACAGAUUUUCCUUGGCGGCAGUAUAACAACAGACAGUGGUGUAAAAGUACUUGAAGACAAAGAAUUGACAUCACAGCCAGAACCAUUGUACAUGAACGGUAAACGAGUUGCAGGAGGACCACAAAUGAUACAACUCAGCUUGGAUGGUAAACGACUGUACGUCACCACGUCACUAUACAGCGGAUGGGACAAACAGUUUUAUCCUGAUAUGGUCAAACAAGGCAGUGUGAUGCUGCAAAUCGAUGUCAAUACAGCGACUGGGGGACUCACUCUUAACAAGGACUUCCUGGUGGACUUUGGCAACGAACCCGAGGGACCAGUCUUGGCUCACGAAAUCCGUUACCCAGGUGGAGACUGCAGCUCUGACAUUUGGAUGACCCACACUGCAAAAUUAUAGAUACCGCGUUAUUAGUGGUUGGGUGACUGCAAAUAAGAUUUGAGAUUGAGUGACCCCAGAGGGCGCUUUUUAUCUGUCGCUUAGAACUGUAGAAUGGUGAUUGUAGAGGGCAACGAACUUGACGUAAUUUGAUGACAUUAUUUCUAAAUCCAAAUUCUUUAAUGAUGGGUAUUGAAGUUACCCGAGCUAAUACAUUAAUAAAUGAGUAAAUAUAUAUGUAUACGUAACCACACAACA